AUGGUGAUUCUUGAACCUCAUGUGGUGGAGGUUAUAAUAUCAGUACUGUAUGCUCUGUGGAAGGCCCGAAAUACUGCUGUGUGGGAUGUCCUACUGCCUAAGCCGGUUGAUGUGUGGUCAAGGGCGGCUGCUGCUGCUUAUGAUUGGACCAAGUUCACUGCCCCGCUGGCACGGGUGAUACGGCCUGCUGCGCUAGAUCUCACGCCUAGCUCUCCUUUGCCGCCGAAUGAACAACAGUCGCAUUUGCAUUGUUACGUGGAUGGAGGCUUUAAAGCUACAUCGCGUGAGGCAACUUUUGGCGCCAUGUUAUUGACUGCUAAUAAUAACUUCGUGGCUGCUAUGAAUGGCAGGUUGGCGGCAUGCGUGAAUCCCCUCAUGGCGGAAACACUCGCAUGCAAGGAGGUUCUAUCGUGGUUAAAGAAUCGUGUGUCGACCCCUGUUCGUUUGUACACAGAUUGUUCAUCUCUCCUUCGCCUGUUGACAAAAUUUGUGCCUGAACCCCGUUCUUAUGUGGGUAUUGCGGUGUCUGAUUGUAGGCGUAUUUUGUGUUCUUUUCCUCUUUGUUCUAUUGGUUUUGUUCUUAGAUCCUCCAAUUUACUAGCUCAUGUUUUAGCUUGUGAGGCCUAUUCUCAGGCUACUCCGAUGUUUUGGGAUCUUUUCCCUCCUGACUUUGUUGCUCCUUUAUUCCAUUAA